AUGUCCUCCGACGAGGCUGCCGUCGUCCCGAAGAAGGAGCGACGCGACAAAAAAGAGAAAAAGGAAAAGAAGGAAAAGAAGCGCUCAAAGUCCGAGUCCAAAACAGACGUCGCAGAUGCCGAAGCUAGCGAAGCACCAGCAGAGACACCAGCAAAGAAGCGCAAACGAGAAACUCUACCCGAAGAGCUUGAGAUCGACCUCGCCCUGCCGGAGCCAGCUUCCAAGAAAGCUGCUCGUAAAGCAAAGAAGGCCAAGCUGAACCCUGCAUCGACGGCCGGAGAUGGAGCAGGCGCAGACACAAAGCCAGGAGGCGAGGCAAACGGGAACAAGGACGCAGAUGGCAAGCGAUCAGCUUACGGUGUGUGGAUUGGAAAUUUGCCGUGGUCCGCCACCAAGGACUCGUUGCGAACAUUCCUGGCCGAGCACUCUGAGAUCCCGAGCGACCACAUAACGCGCGUGCACAUGCCCCCACCGACAAAAGUCAACCCGAGCUGGACGACCAAGCCCCUCAACAAGGGCUUCGCAUAUGUCGACUUUUCCACCGAAUUGGCAAUGUACUCGGCCAUUGCCUUGACAGAGACCAAGAUGGACGGACGCGCCCUGCUCAUCAAGAACGCAAAGAGCUUCGAGGGAAGGCCGGACAAGCCCAAGGCGGAAGAAGCCCAAGACGGUCAACGCGGCGGUAGGGCAGAUAAAGCCGGGCAUCCGCCAAACAACCGUGUCUUCAUCGGCAACCUCUCGUUCGACGUGACCAAGGAAGAUCUCCAAGAGCACUACGCUCAGUGCGGGCACAUUGACGACAUCCACAUGGCCACAUUCGAAGACUCUGGCAAGUGCAAGGGCUACGCCUGGAUCACCUUUGGCGACGUGGAAUCCGCCACGUGGGCCGUCAAGGGCUUCGUCUUCAAAGAAGCGUCUGAAUUCAAAAAGAAGAGCAAACCCGACGAAACAGACUCGGAUUCCGACGCAGACCAGAAGCCCGAAAAGAAGCGCAAAUGGUUCAUCAACAAGUUCAUGGGCAGAGAGCUGCGCUGCGAGUUCGCAGAGGACGCCACCACGCGCUACAACAAGCGCUGGGGCAAGGACAAGCCCGCCAAACCCGUCGACGGCGUCAACCCAGACCGCUGGAAGAACUUUGACCGCCAGCCCCGUACCACCGACACCAAGCCAAAACGCAAAAUCGAUCCUAGAUCCAUCAAGAGCGGCGCUGCCCAUGCGAGUGCUCCUAGGGCUAGCCAGGCUAUCGUCCAGUCUCAGGGCAAGAAGACGACGUUUGAAUGA